AUGGCUAAAGCCCCCAGGCCAAAUGUGACACAUGACCUGCAAGUCCCUCCUUCGGAGGCUCGCUUCGCGAGGGGCGCUUUGCGCCAGCCUGGCUUUACCAGGCCCUCCGAUCGAGGGGCUUGUGUUAAGUCAGGGAUGGAUCAGCUUUUCUUCUCACAGUCACAGGCUCACGGUUCACCGCCCAUCUGUUCUGCCGGCUUGAUCAGUGGUCUGCGAGGAAGUUGUCCCGGUCGCUCGGCACUCGGCAGGACUCGGCAAGGCAAAAAUUGCAUGCAGUUCCAUUGCCAAGGUCCAAAACAUAGCCCACUCCACCACAGGGAGGGACUUGCACCCUGCUGUGCAGUUCGGUGGUAA